AUAUGCGCUGGGCUCUUUGCAAGGUGUCCGAUGAAGCUAGAGGUCGUCGCUCGGCCAUAAGCAUGUCUGGAUUCUUGCAUACCUCAUCCAGGUAUUACUGUGCGUGAUACAACGACGUGCCCAUCACCUUCUUUGCCCACCCUAUACCUGCGAAACGCUUUCAGCCUCCUAAAACGGUAGAGGUACCGCUUCUGAAUCAUGUCAAAGCAUCACCCAGACCUCAUCCUUUGCCGCAAGCUACCCGGUGUGGCCAUCGGGCGGCUGUGUGAGAAAUGCGACGGAAAGUGUCCAAUUUGCGACUCGUACGUCCGGCCCGCCACACUCGUUCAUAUCUGUGAGGAGUGCAACUUUGGGACGUACGGAGGUCGCUGUAUUGUCUGCGGCUCGCCCGGCAUCUCAGAUGCAUAUUACUGCGCCGAAUGCACACGGCUGGAAAAGGACAGAGAUGGGUGUCCCAAAGUGGUCAAUCUGGGCGCGAGUAGAGUGGACUUGUUCUAUUUACGAAAAGCAGGGAAGCAAGGGAAUGGGUUCCAACGAGGGUAGUCCAAGUUGCAAGUCGGUUCCUCCUCUUGCUGGUCGCGACUUGCCACGUCAUUUACCGGCUCAGUUGUACGCAUGGCGCUUAAUGAAGUCUUCACUCGCAACUGCAA